GUUACCAGUUGGGAAGAGAGACAACAGUAGGCACUGCAUUUGUUUCACUAAUAAACGAGAGCUCCUCACCGAAGUCAAAACUCAAAAAGUAGCUAAAUUCCAACACAGCCGUACAGCUGUUUUCCGAACCGAAAUAAACCCCCAAUUUAUAUUAUAUUAACGAUAAACAAGGCCGCAAAAAAAACGGCAAACGAGCGAGACGCGGCAAUUGCAACAGAUGCACACCAAAAAAUAAUAAAAAAACUGACAUUUUUCGGGAUUCGGACUAAGAUCAGAUCAGAUAAUGCAAAAACAACGUUCACCGUACACCGGAGGUGGGUUCAAUCUGCAGCAGCUGAAGGCGACCACGUUCAGCAAGAACGAGAGCCUGAAUGGAAUGCCAUUUCUGGUGCAGUUGGCGCAUCAGGUGCAGGUCCAGCAGCAGCGACCCAUGGUCAACCAGCACUUGGCCAGCGCAUUGCUGGGCAAUAAGAAUGCCGGACUCGAGCGUGGCAUGCGCAGCGGCACGCCCCGCAGCUAUUUGAGCCAGAACCACAACUCUGGCUACAAUGGCAGCUACGAGGGCGAGAUGCCGCCCCUGUGCCUGGGCCAGACGAACAACAAUCCGCCGCUGGCCGACGACUGUCUGCACAUGGGCGGCUACGCGGACAACAUGGACAACAACAACAACAACAUGGGCCACAUGGGGCACAUGGACAACAUGGGGCACAUGGACAAUAUGGGCCACAUGGACAGCAUGGGCCACAUGGACAAUAUGGGCCACUUGGACAACAUGGGCCACAUGGACAACAUGAGCAACAUGAGCCUGAACAGCAACAAUAUGAACAGCCUGGGCGGCAUGAACAACAACAACAACAUGGUGGGCCAGAUGGGCGGCCACGUGGGCGGCCACGUGGGACACUUGGGGCAGCCGGAGCCGAUGCUGAGCAGCAGCAGGAACAACAACAACCAUAGUAAGGCAUAUCAGAGCGAUACCGAUUCGGAAACCGAGUAUUGCCAGCAUAUGCAGAGCUAUGAUGGUGUCGCCGCAGCGGCACAGACAUCGCGCUGGCGUCGAGUCUUUGAUUAUUUGAAGAGCGGGAUGCCGGCCCAGCGGCAGGAGCGCAUGGAGGCGGCACUGCAGCGUUGCUGCGAGAAUACGUUCUUUAACCAUGUGCUCCUGGUGCUGCAGCUGUUGAGCAUCCUGAUCGGCGGCGUUGUCAUGCAGAGCCUGCGACUGGGCAUCAAUCUGACCCAGAUCAGCUUUCGCCUCUGGCGCUGCAAGUUCCAGCUGCGCAGCAUCCUGCGCCAGCUGCUCUGGCGCAUGGCCAAUGCCAAGGGCAAUGAUGCUCUACUCUUUCUGGGCGUUAUGCUCAUCUCGCCGUGGCUAUUUCUCAUCAGCCUUGUCGGAUUCGCCAUUGCGUUUAUGUUCCAUUUCAAGGAUGGAUUGGGCGCCACCCUACGCCAGGUGCGUCUCCAGAUGCUCAACUAACUCGAACUACUUUCAAUAACUAUGCGAAACGGACUGAGGGAGGGAGCGAGGCAGACGGAAUUGGAGCUAGAGACAGACAGAGCGAGAGAGAGAGAUAGAGAGAGAGGGUCACACACAGGGAAAGCAGGAGAGAGAUACAUACACACACACACACACACACACACACACAGACAGGGAGAGGGAGAGAGAGAGGGUACUUUUAAAUUAAAAUUCCAAAAGCAACAACAAUAAAACUCGUUCAGCCCGUUUUACAGAGAACUCCACAAACAAUGCACACACACUUCCCACACACAGUUCGAUACAAAUAUAUUUUAUGUUACGGCAAUGAAUAAAUAAAAGCUAUGAAAAUGUAAAAA